GCCCAGAUUCUGCAAAUUUUGGGAGAUUUCCGUUGAGAUUUGGGACACGGAUGAGGAAACAAAUGGCCAGUCUUUCAACAAGGGAAGUAAUCACCGCAUUGAUCAUGAACUUUCCACAGUUAUGGAGGAGGAAACAUCACCUGAGAUCAAACCUCACCCUCAAGAUACGCAUUCAACUACAGUCAGUCUCAGAGGGGUGAACCCUGAGGGAAGUUUGCUGAACAAGUCCUUAGAUAACCUGUCCUUGGGUGAAAGUAGCACGUCAGGGAGAGUGGCCUCCCCUAGAAGGCCAAUGUACGGUCAGAAGAGCGUGAACUUCAAAGAACCUAUACCCACCCCAAAGUACAAUCCUGGGAAGUUAGACAAUCAUGAUGAAAGUGAAGAUUCCAGCAGACAAUUUCAACACGCAAUUACGGAAUGUGUGAACCCAUACUCUGUUGUCAAUAACUCGGACAUCCAUGCAGCCAAAAAACGUCAGACAUCUCAAUAGAAAAGUUGCCUUGGAUACAGAUAAAACUAGCAAACACAUUAAAUUUUGUAACCAUGGUGACAGUUACAUAUUGUAAAGGUUUUAAAUGCAAAUUGAUUUUGUAAAGGCCAUAUUUAUAUGAAAAUGAUUAUAAAAUGAUAUUUCCAUGAAAAAUAAAAGGCAGGUGGGAUAUACAAAUUUCUGCCAACUGAUGUGUCUCUACUUCGAAGACUCUUCUUAUUCAGCAUCAUAAGACAAUCUGAAAUUAUGACAGUUAUUUGAAGAAACUUAAUUUCAAAAGCACCUACAGUGAUAAUUAGUUUAAUUAGAAAUUCUAUUCAUUUUUACAAUUAUUUUCAAUGUUUUCUAAUUUUAGGUAUAUUAUUCAUAAAUGUUGGUUUGUCCUGAAGGUAAAGUCCAGUAAAUGUGUCAUAAGAUGCUUGAUUAGACAUGUCCCUGCAUGGGUCCUAUCAUACUGCAUAUUUCAUCUUUGACGUGGCAGGACCUCAUUCAUAUCUUUUAAGUAUACCUUAAUACUGUAGUGGUAUUCGCAAUUCAUUUCGAUCUGCAUUGUAAUUGUUCAUUUUGGAACUUUAUGAUCAUUUUAAUAUUUUCAGUAUCUACAAGAGGUGUGAUGUUUUUUUGUUAGUUUUAUUGUUAUUGAAUCAUAUCAUUUUUAUACCCCCAUUACCAUUGGUAAUUAUACACCCAUUACCAUUGGUAAUUAUACACCCAUUACCAUUGGUAAUGGAGGCUAUAUAGGAGUCAUUUUGUCGGUCGGUUGGUCUGUCUGUCUGUCCCGAAAUUUCAUCCGAUCUUCACCAAACUUGGUCAGAAUUUGUAUCUAGAUGAUGUCUAGGUCAAGUUUGAAUAUGGGUCAUGCCAAGUAAAAAACUAGGUCACGGGGUCACUUAGUGUGUUUUAAACUGAAAGUUUGUCCGUACCAUAACUAUGUCAUUUAUUGUUAGAUUUUAAAAUGACUUGGUACAUUUGUUCACCAUCAUGGGACGAUGUGUCUUGUCCGGGCCAUUACUUUGUCAUUUAUUUAGAGAUUUUAAAAUCAUUUGGAAAAUUUGUUCACCGUCAUUGGACGGUGUGUCGCGCGAAAGAAUUACGUUGAUAUCUCCAAGAUCAAGGUCACACUUUGAGUUCAACGAUCAUAAAUGAGCUUGUCCGGACCAUAACUAUGUCAUUCAUUGUAAGAUUUUAAAAUCAUUUGGCACAUUUGUUCACCAUCAUUGGACGGUGUGUUGCGCGAAAGAAUUAUGUCAUUAUCUCCAAGGUCAAGGUCACACUUAAAGUUCCAAGGUAAAAAAUGGCCAUAAAUGACCUUGUCCAGGCCAUAACUAUGUUGUUCAUUGUGAGAAUUUAGAAUCAUUUACCGCAUGUUUUCACCAUCAUUGGACGGUGUGUCGCGCGAAAGAAUUACGUCGAUAUCUCCAAAGUCAAGGUCACACUUUGAGUUCAAAGGUCAAAAAUGCCCAUAAAUGAGCUUGUCUGGGCCAUAACUAUGUCAUUCAUUGUGAGAUUUAAAAAUGACUCUGUACAUUAAUUUUGUUCACAGUCAUUGGACGGCGUGUCAUGUGAAAGAAUUCAAGAGUUCAAAGGUCAAAAUGGCUAUAAAUGAUAAUGGCAUAAUAAUUCUUAAAAAUCGCCAUAAAUUAGAUUCUCUUGUUUUGUGAAGACAGCAUGAAAAAUAGUCUGUGUCAAUGUGGCGCGUGGGGGUAUAUGUCACGUCUGUGACAAAGCUCUAGUUUUGGUAUUGUAUUUUAUUGAAGUUUUUUUAAUGUAGUGCGACUGAAGCAAUAUCACUUCAUUUUAAAUAACUUUUACAUGUCUGUAAAAUUGCUUUACAUUUUUAUUUUAAAAGUUAAUAUUAAUUCACUACAUAUUGUAAUGUCUCAGAUUAGAUUGAGCUACUGCAUGACUGAUUUUAUAAUUGUUUUAUAUUAGCCAUUGAUUUUAUGUUUGAUACUAUUAGCUGUUUAGAUUAAUUAAAUGGUUUGCCAAAUAAUUAUAAAACACAUGUAUAAUGUUUAAAAACAUUUUUUGAGUUUCUUUGUUGAUACUAAUGUUUUUACAAUAUUACAUUUGCCUUAACUCUGUAUGUUUUUAUUGCAUACUUGUGUCUUUUCUAUAUUGACAUUUAAUGACAUCAUAUUUAUAUUGUAUUAUUAGCUCACCUGAGCACAACGUUCUCAUGGUGAGCUUUUGUGAUCGCCUUUUGUUCGUCGUCCGUUGUCCGUCGUCCGUCGUGCGACGUCAACAUUUGCCUUGUUCACUCUCUAGAGGCCACAUUUAUUGUCCAAUCUUUAUGAAAUUUGGUCAGAAGAUUGGUUUCAAUGAUAUCUUGGAUGAGAUCCAAAAUGGUGACGUUUGCUUGAAAAACAUGGCUGCCAAGGGGCUGGGCACAUUUACUGUCCGAUCUUCAUGAAACUUGGUCAGAAGAUACAUCCUGAUAAUAUCUAGGAAGAGUUCAAAAAUGAUGCCAGUUGGUUGAAAAACAUUGCUGCCAGGGGGCUGGGCAUUUUUCCUUAUAUGGCUAUAGUAAAACCAUGUUAACACUGUAGAGGCCACAUUUAUUUUCCGAUCUUCGUGAAACUUGGUCAGAAGAUUUAUCCCAAUAAUAUCUUGUUAUCUCAGGUGAGCGACUUUUGGCCUUUCAGGCCCUCUUGUUUAUAUUAAUUGACGUAUAAUUUUACAUCCAGUUGUUCAAAUCAGGCUCCUAUAGUCAAAACUGACCAUACUCUUA